UGCGCAGGCGCAGUAGCCGUCAGACUCCCUGGGAGGCUGUGCGAACAGCUGGAGAAGUUGCAGUUCCUGGACUGCGCAGGUAAAUAUGCCAGUCCACAUGAAUAAAACGGACGUAGGUCUCAACUGACAACAUGGCCAACCCUCUUAGAUAUGAAGUACUGAAUCUGUACAAAAACCUUCUGUAUCUGGGAAAGGAGUACCCCAAAGGGGCUGAUUACUUUCGAACCCGACUCAAGGCAGCCUUCCUGAAAAACAAGGAAGUGAAGGAUCCAGAAGAAAUCAAAAAACUGAUUACCAGAGGCAAGUUUGUCAUUAAAGAACUGGAAGCCUUGUACUUCCUCCGAAAAUAUCGAGCUCUUAAAAAACGAUACUACGAGGACAGUUGAGCACUAACCGGUUGUAAAAUCUGCAAGGCAUUUGUAGCCAAUGGGUUAAAUGGUGGGUGAUUGGCCUGUAGUAAUAAUAAU